CCCCCAGCCUAGAGCGAGUCAAUUUAUGGAAAGACAAGUCGACCCUUUAAUGGUUCCCAUCAAAACCACUAAAAACAUCAUCAGAGCGUCCGACUUCCGCGAGGAUUCCUGUGGCGGACGCAUGCAGACUUCGACCAAAACAAACCCGCGGAGAGAGAGCUCUGGGAGUUUGACCAAGCUCUUCACUUCCCAGUAGAGAAGAGAAGUUCGCUUUUGCUCAAGUUUUUCAACAUUCAAGAGUCUGCUUCUUCCUCAACCAGGAUACUUUCGCAGAAGGCGGCAAAAGUGGCCUGGCUCCUGACUAUCACCAGUCCGCUCGGCGCCUUGAUUUACUCUUAUUAAGGUUCUUUUUAUUUCCCGUUUUUAUACAAGCGAGUUUGGUGGUUCAUGUUCACAAAUGUUAGCGGUCGGGCAAAUGGAGGCUAACCGGCAGAGUGCUUUCGUCCUGGGCAGCACCCCGCUGGCGGCGUUGCACAACAUGACCGAGAUGAAGACUUCCCUUUUCCCGUAUACGCUGCAGCAGAGCCCGGCGGGCUUUAAGGCGCCCCACCUCUCCAGCCUUAACUCCCAGAUGGCCGGGGGGACCCCGCACGGAAUAAGCGACAUCCUUGGGAGACCCAUCACCUCUGCCGGACAGCUGCUUUCCGGCUUCCCCAGGAUAAACGGCCUGGCUACCACCGCAGCCGCCGCGGCAGCAGCCGCCGCGGGGAUGUACUUCACCCCGGCGAUGUCGCGGUACCCGAAGCCGCUGGCCGAGCUGCCGGGGAGGGCGCCUAUCUUCUGGCCCGGGGUGAUGCAAGGUUCUCCCUGGAGGGACCCGCGAGUUCCCUGUCCUUCUCAAGCUAAUAUGAUGUUGGAUAAGGAUGGAAAGAAGAAACACUCCAGGCCGACCUUUUCAGGACAGCAAAUCUUUGCCCUGGAAAAAACCUUCGAGCAGACGAAAUACCUGGCCGGCCCAGAGAGAGCCCGCCUGGCUUACUCUUUAGGAAUGACCGAGAGUCAAGUCAAGGUUUGGUUCCAGAACAGAAGAACCAAAUGGCGGAAGAGACACGCGGCAGAGAUGGCCACGGCCAAGAAGAAGCACGACUCCGAGACGGAGAAGAUGAAGGAGAGCUCGGAUAACGAGGACGACGACGAGUACAACAAACCCCUGGACCCCAACUCAGACGACGAAAAGAUCACGAGACUGUUGAAAAAGCACAAGGCCAGCAACCUGGCGCUGAUCAGCCCCUGCAGUAACAGCUCGGACACUUUGUGAUGCACUCAUUUCUUUUUUCAUCCCCUUUCCACCUGACACUGCGAACAUGCGCCUGGGGGCAGUGGUCGCAUUGGGCUCUGACAGAGCAAGAAAAUGCGUAAAAACCGAGAAAGACGCACAGAAGACGCGCCCACCAAAACAUGGCCAGAGACGCAUUUGGGUGCAUCCAACCCCCCCCCCCCCCAUCCAGACACUGUAAACACGGAGAUAUUACUCCUGUCCACAAUGGACUUCAAGAAGACUGAUAAUGACAAGUUCAUGUCCAGGUGAAAGGACAGAAAUAUUGGGACUGGAAAUUGUUUCGGCGACGCAAAUCCGUUUUUACGCAUCCAACUGGAGUUUUAAACAACAGGUGUAAAUGUAAACACAUUAAUAUACACACACACACACACACACACACACACAAUCCGGAUCAGUGUUGGGCUUAUUGCUGGGACUUAUUCCACAAGUAAUGCUGCUUUGCUUUCCCCGUGCAGUGUAAUUCAUGACACUUGUUACAUUAUUUCCAAGAUUACAGCCUCUGUCACCUUUACAAGCCAGGCUGACCAUUCACUUUGCUCUGAAUGAGACGGAUGGAGGUUCUUUUGAACUGGUUUUCAGUACUUAUAAUAUUUUCAUCUGCAGAAAAAAAGACAUUACUGCCAGUCCUUUUUCAUUCUGAAGUGAAGAAAGUGCACCAUUUUAUAAAAUUCAGCCUCUAUCCAAUUUUGGUUUAAAGAAAGGCAACAGUUGGUGUAGCUUUGAGAGGUUGACUGUAAGCUUUUAGUAGGAGUGGUUUAUUAGCAGCCGACUCUGAUCCGGAUCCCAGACGCAUGUUUCAUAUGGCAGGUGUAAACGGGGCCUGUGACGCUUCUAAAGCUCAGUUUAACCAGGGUAUCCACUGUCCUAAAAGGCGAGAGAAUGACAUUUUUUGAGGAGGGGGGGCGCAGGUUGGAGAUGAAUGAAUGAUUUGUGCUUUAGCCUAAAGAUGAAAAUGUACGUGAGAUUGUAUAUAUUUUUUACUGAAUAAGUUAUGUUCCGACCAGUGGAAACGUGGCAGCCUUCCUCCCUCCGCAGCCCGGACGCGCUUAUAGCCUCCCAGAUAUAAAGGCUCUCUGCUGCUGCUGCAGAGUGAUGGCGGCCCUGUCCUCCGCCUUUUACAAAUUGUCAAUUCAGUACCGGGACACACAUGUAUAGACGCAAAAA